AUGUUCGGUUUUUCUCGCAAACGCAUGAAGAUUGGACGAUUGAAAGUCCAGCUCUCAGAUUCUACUCAGGGAACUAGAAGCCCCAUAAGACAGCCGAAACGAAAUAACAGCUCCAAUAAUGACUCUGAUGCGCCAGCAAGUAGUCUUUCUGAUGAGCUUGAUUGCCAGUGUCCUUCUGCUCCUGAGAUUAGUAAUUCCACAAUGGGGAGCUCCGAGAAUUGGAUGGUGUUGUCGAUUUCUGGAGACAAGCCUAAGCCCCGAUUCAAUCAUGCGGCGGCUGUAAUUGGGAAUAAGAUGAUAGUGGUUGGUGGUGAAUCAGGGAGUGAACUGCUAGACGAUGUACAGGUGCUCAAUUUUGACAGUUUUACAUGGACCACAGCGUUGUCAAAGCUUUACUUGUCACCAAGCAGUCUGCCCUUAAAGAUCCCUGCAUGCAAGGGCCACAAACUGGUUUCCUGGGGGAAAAAGGCACUCCUGGUUGGAGGAAAGACUGAACCUGGGAGUGACAAAAUUUCAGUUUGGGCAUUUGACACUGAGACAGAAUGCUGGUCUCAUAUGGAAGCAAAGGGUGAUAUACCGGUUGCUCGUACCGGUCACACUGUAGUCAGGGCAAGUUCUGUAUUGAUCCUUUUUGGUGGUGAAGAUGCUAAAAGAAAAAAACUGCAUGAUCUACAUAUGUUUGAUCUGAAGUCAUUGACAUGGCUACCUCUUCAUUGCACAGGAACGGGACCAUCUCCGAGGUCCAACCAUGUGGCAGCUCUUUAUGAUGACAAAACUCUUUUUGUAUUUGGAGGCACAUCAAAAUCCAAGACUUUGAAUGAUUUGUAUUCACUUGACUUUGAAACGAUGGUAUGGUCAAGAAUAAAAAAGCGAGGUUUCCAUCCAUCACCUAGAGCUGGUUGCUGUGGAGUCCUGUGUGGAACCAAAUGGUAUAUUGUUGGUGGUGGAAGCAGAAAAAAAAGACAUGCGGAGACUCUGAUCUUUGAUGUUUUGAAACUUGUGUGGUCGUUGGCCAUUGCAUCGCCUCCGUCUACAAUCACUACCAAUAAGGGUUUCAGCCUAGAGCAUGUGCAGCACAAAGAAAAGGAUUUUCUUGUUGCUUUUGGGGGAUCCAGAAAGGAGCCAUCAAAUCAGGUUGAAGUACUAACCAUGGAAAAGAAUGAAUUAUCUACGAGUCGUCGAUCUUUUCCCAGCAAAGGACCUGGAACUUUGCUGCCUGAAAAACUCCCAUCAUCAAAUGGCUUGGCUAGUCAACUAACUAAUGGUUCUUCCCAGCGCUCAGUCAAUUCAGUUACUAGACAAAAUCUGGCAUCUGCAAUCGAACAACAUGGCUCUGGAAGAAAAUCCUUGUCAGAAUCCUUGCUUGUCGAUGCAAAUCCUGUUCCUGGUAACGUGUCACUUCGGAAACAAUUUCAUAAUGACGAAGAAUACAACACUGCUGUUAAGGUGACAAAGGGUUCAGAAGAUGAAAGUUCUCUCUUGCAGGUACACUGCAUUAAUCAAUCUGAAUCAGCAGUACAAACUAACAUUCAUGGAGGUAGACUUUACUCAGAGGACAUUCUCUCUGCAUAUGAGUUCGAAAACUCAAAUCACAACCAUGGACUUGGGAACUUUCCAGUUGACAACAAUGAUGCCUUAUUUCCAGAAAGUGAUGGAAAACCAGGAGCACUAUCAGCGCCUUCAAGUAUGUACCAAUAUUAUGAGAAACUAAUAAGAAAGAAUGGGGUUUUAGAAGGACAGUUGGCUGCUGCAUUGGCCAGUCGAGAAGCUGCAGAGAAAAACUUAUCCUCUGCUCUCAAGAGCCGACAGGAGAUUGAGAAAAAAUUAGCAGACUCUGGGAAGGAGAUAGAGUUGCUGAAGGACAAGCUAGCUGGUGUAGAACUUGCCCAAGAAGAGGCUAACAACCUCUCAAGUAUUGUUCAUUCCGACAAUGUGAGGCUUGAGCAUGAUGUGGCUUUCCUCAAGGCUGUUUUGGAUGAUACCCAGAAGGAGCUGCAUUCAACUAGAGGAGUUCUAGCUGGAGAACGAGCAAGGGCAUUCCAGCUCCAGGUUGAAGUUUUUCAUCUUAAACAAAGACUACAAUCGAUGGAGAACCGAGCACCUACACCAAGAAAACCAUUCUAGGAUGAAAGAGUAAGUGAGCAAGGAGCAAGGAGCUGUUGAACAACUCCCACGGUGCAGCACCGCAUCAAACUUGAAGCCGCCUCAUUGGUAUGAAGAUCCUAUUGGCCUAUACCAUGUAUAUAAGUGAAGCCAUUGUACCUUAACUUGUAUGUUGAUAUGCUAGGCUAUUUUCCACAUCUACAUGAAACAGAAACGUUUGUUCUGAUUUGGCAAUGAGAAACUUAUGCUAUAUGUAGGUCACUAGCUUUCCCUUCCCUAUGCCCCAGAUAUUGUGGCCCUGGACAUCUUUCUUUCAGGAUCCUCCGUUUAUAGCGUCAAAUUGCUCUUUAGUUUUACACCUUCCAUCAUGCUUCAUGCCUACAGCAUCAAGCACUUGCCCUGUGCCCAACCUACCCGUAAAAUCCAGAAAUCCACGCUCAACAAACUGCCAUCCUUCAGACC